AUGGAUGAGGUGCAUUUGAACACAACGAUAUGUCCUCGUCACCGGGACCUUUGGGGAAUAAGAUGGCGUAACAACAAGAAGAACUGUUCUUGUCCAGACAAGUGGAAACAGCAUGAAAAGAACCAGAAAGGAGAUCGAGGGAUAAGCAUGGCUCAGUCGAGAAACCUGUAUAUCCAGACGCAAAUUAUAUUGCCCGUGGGUUCUCGUAAGUACUACUGCUAUGAUCCACGCGACGUUUAGGCUGUAAUAACCUGUCCAACAAUUUUAAAGAAGAAUCACUUUUUCAUCGUGUUCUAAUAAAUGUUUUAAGACUGCUGAUUUGUGCCGUUAGUGCAAUUGAAUGAUUUCUUUUAUUUCUUUUCUGACAAAAUUCUUUCUUGUUUUUUUUUAAUUAAUUGUCGAGGAGAAAUUUGGAGUAGGCAAUUCUAGACUAUUAUCUAUACUGGUUACGGCUAAAUAAUGACAGAGACUUAAUCUGCUUAUUCCAAUGUUAGCUAUAUGCAAACAAUGUCGAACAAGACUAAGCAUUCAAAGGGAAGACGAUGAGGUAACAUUAACAGCGCCUAAAUCCCAAGAUGAAACACGUGGAGACAAGGAUUGCGAAGAGACAGAAUCCACUUCCUCAAGUCCAGGAGAGCCGCCACUUGACGUUGUAAGUUAAAUUAUACCAGGGUCAAGUUGUGCGGUUAAAAGAACGAUAUAUCUAGGCUAACAGUCGGUAUAUUAUAGUUGCUUUUCAAAUCUCGGGUGUGGAACUGAAGGGACCGGGAAGCUCAGAAAAAAAGCAAACACAAAACAAAACCAAGAAAAAAGCAAAAAAACAUUUGUAGCCUCAAACUAGCGGCACGAAAAAACAACUUUUAAAUUUAACAAUUUUUUUCAUCAAAGUGCGGACUUCUCUCCGGAAGAACGUGUUAGAGGACUCACUAGAAACUUACGAGAUUUCAGAUAAGGAGGAGUCGAGUAAUAUGUAUGACGUUACAAUUGGCCAAAUUUAUAAACGAUCGGAAGACUGGGUACGAAUGUGAUUCAACACUUGUCAACUGAUGGAGCAUUUAAACAUGAGUGCAUUGAUUAAAUUUCAUUGUUUUUGGAAUAGAAGGCUUCUAAAAAUAUGUAAUUACAGAGACCUUUAACUAGAUUAGGAACUUUCAAUUUCCCUUUUGGCAUUGGCUAAGCAAUAAGGUGUCUUUUCAUUAGCAGGCCGACCAACUGUCUCAAUCAAUGGGCCAACUCUUUAUUGAGCAGGAAACAAGUCUUUAUCUUCCAGAAGAUACAGGCAACAGUAGUGAGUCUUCCGGUGCCGAGGACCAACGUACAGUAGGAGCACAGAGAACAAAGUUAAAUGAAUUUUUAAGUGCCUGCAACGUUGGAAAUACUGUUGGCGUGUACAAGAAAAAAUGGCAAGACACAAGUUUGCGCACUAGAAGAAGUCGCGUAUCAAAAGCUAAAGAAUCAAUUGUAGCAGCUCUGAAUGUGAUUGCACCUGGUGAUGCUGGUCCCUUAUGGGAGGCGCUAAAGGAAUCUAAGUCUGUGGAGAAAGCUUUGGGGAUAGCAGAGGAGUCUCAGUCAGAUGGGAAAUAUUUGGAGGCCUUGGCUGAAACGUACAACAACGCAUCAAGCUGGGCGACGCGCCGUCAAAUAUUAUCAGUCAUGGCGGACCUUACUUCCUUAGAGAAAAUCCAGGCCUACAUACCCAGCAUCACUGAAUUCAAAUUUGCCAUAGCCAGGAAGCACAAAAUAGAGUACGGCCGAGGUGUUCCACUACCCCUGAAAAAAAGCCCAAGAAUGCGUGUGGACACCAUUCAACUGGACCAUUUCAUAUCAUUCAUUACAAGCCCCCACAUCAUUCAAAACCUCCCUUUUGGCCAGCGGUACUUACAUCCUUCGACUGGUAAAGUUUUGGAGACAGCCAAUGUGAUACGAAAUAUGAUACCACAGCGUAUUGUUAAGCAAAACAUGCAGUACUGCUAUGAAACAAAUUUCAAGCCAUUUAGUCCAUCGACCAUUCUUCGCAUUUUGUCUUGUUGUAGCGCAACGGUUAGGAAAUCCUUGCAAGGACUCGAUUACAUUGCGGCAGAGGGAGCGAAAGGAUUUGAUGAUUUGCACCGAAUUUUGGACCGUUUAGGAGAGUACGAUCUUAGAAGAGACCUGGUGAGCCAUUAUCAAAAAUCUCUUAAGGAAGCAAAGCAUUAAUUGAAGGCUGAAUAUAAGGUAUAUCAGUUGUAAUCAAAGUAUUUGAUUUGAAAAGGCUUGCCAUAUUGUGAAAGCGCGAGAGCAUGGGCGACAGUCAGCAGUUUUUUGAAGUGGCUGUUCACAAGAUCAAACAAGAGCCUGAUAUUAAUGCACUGGCUUCUGCUUUUACGCUUUCUAAUGACAAUCUUUUUCGAAUCAAUUACUUAUUAUCAAGUUAUAGUGCAUUGUCUCAAAAUAUUUUUGCCAUUUUUCCAGGCUCAUGUUGCUGAAUCUGUAACCAUUGCGGAUCACUGCAGUACGUAUGCUUUGAUUGAUAGUAAGGAGGAUCCAUUUAAAAGCACGUGCAAUCAUUCACAUGACAAACGCUGUAUGCAAUGUGAGACCCUGAAGGACGUUCUAGAAAAAGUCGAAAAUUGUUUUGUGGACUGUGAAGUGAGUCCAGAGGAAUUGGACGAUUUGAAGUAUUCUUGCCGACAAGCGGUAGACAGCAUCAAAGGGUGGAAAGCACAUCAGCUUCGAAGUUGCAGACAGGACGAGGCAAGAACAUCCAUUCUGAAUACCCUUGAUGAAAGGUCUGUUCACGUAACUCAGGACUGGGCCAUGAAAUUCCUCCCACAAAAAUACCGAGGGUCGCAAUCUGAUUGGUUUGGUAAGCGAGGAAUUUCGUGGCACAUAAGUGUGGUUGCGCGCAAGAUCAAGCAAUGUUUUCAACACCAGGCAUUUGUGCAUGUUUUGGAGAACUGCAAGCAGGACAGCUACACUGUUGUGCGAAUAAUUGAACAUACUUUACGGACCCUGAAACAUGAGCAUCCCGAAUUGACAACUGCUUUUCUACGGCAAGACAACGCCGGUUGCUACCAUUCUGCUGAAAUGCUCGCAAGCUGUGCUCAAAUGGAAUCUAAAACUGGUAUCGCAGUACGAAGGGUUGACUUAAGCUAUCCUCAGGGAGGGAAAGGUCCUUGCGACAGAAAGGCGGCUACUGUCAAAGCCCAUGUAAGGAGAUACAUCAACGAAGGUCAUGAUGUGUUGAAUGCUAAUGACUUCUUGAAUGCCAUGCUUUCAAAUGGUGGAAUACCAAAUGUUAGAGCGGUUAUUGCUGAUGCCUAUAGUACCGAAAGGGAUGCUCAACUUUCACGGAAGUGGUCUGGCGUUAACUCUUUAAACAACUUUUUGUAUUCUGAGAAAACUAUCACUGUUUGGAAAGCGUACAAUGUUGGCGAGGGAAAGAAGGUACCAGGUAUGCAAAACAAAUGGGGAAAAGUUUUUCAUUUAUUCAACUUAUUUAACCUUAAAUGUGGAGUACAAGGUUCUAUGCUGCCGUCACGCUCGGCAUGAAAUUUUUUAUAAGAAGAAGAAGAAAAAAAAACAGUGACAAGAAAAAAAACACUGGAAUAAAAAAAACUCUUUUUCUUAUUGAAGUUAUACUCGUGCUCCACACUCUAGUUUACCACCUAUUACUUAUCCUUUGCGCGAAAUACCCCUAAACAACAACAACAACAACAACAACAAUAAUGAAAAAAACACUGUCCAUUUGCGGAGCUGAAUCUUGUGUAAUGGUAUUACAUUUUCAUUUUGGUUUUUUAGUUCCAGAUUACUCACAGCCGCCCGGCUUUGAGUGCCAGUUUUCCUCAGGGGACUUCUCAGAGGUACCUCAGGCGGUCGAUAAGCAAAAACCCAGUUUUCAAGAGACUGGUGAACAACAUCCAGAUGAGAAGGAAGAAGACCGAGACCUGAGCGCUAUGUUUUCUUGUCCGCACGAGGGUUGCGUUAAGAUGUUUCAGCGUCACUAUGCUUUGGAAAAUUACUUGCUGUAUGGGCAAUGUGAGUUUCUACCGGUCAGAGAAAGUCUUAUGGAUAAGGCCAAAGUAUUAUACCAUGAUAAACUACUCUGUGAGGCGAGCAACCUGCCAUCCGUGAAAGCUGAGUCAAGUCAAUGCCCGGUAACAACUGAGGUUCUUCCACAAGGGUGGGCUUUAAGAUCCGCUAGAAAGGCAACACGGUUUAGUGAUUCCCAGCGACAGUACUUAGACGGGAAAUUUAACGUCGGGCAAGCAACAGGAGUGAAACUUGAUCCUGUGGAUGUUGCACGUGACAUGCGUUACGCGCGAAACCAGGAAGGGGAAAAGCUGUUCACUGUAAGUGAAUUUUUGACCGAACAGCAAAUUCAGUCAUAUUUUUCAAGACGAGCCUCUAAACUCCGGCAUUCUCAUUCAGAAGAUCCAGAAUCUGAUCAAGACGAGGAUAUUAUGGCCGCUGAAGAGGAAAUCGCGCACGAAAAUGUUCGCGCAGUUGUGUUAGAGGAGGUGGGAAUAAGGCACCCAAUUGUUUUCGACACUUUCAACCUAUGUGACAUGCACAAGGCAGGUAAACUGCGACACCUAAGUGUUUCCAUGCUGCGUUCCAUUUGCGAACAUUUUGACAUCGAAGUGAUGAACAUCAAAGGACGACGCAAAGCUCCUUACUUGUCUCUACUUGGGGAACUUCUCGUGGCAUGCAGUUGUCAUAACAGUUAG